GUUGCCUUUCCCUUUCAAGACGACGAUAAAUUUUUUUGGCAUGUUUGGAGCAAUAGCCCGUAUAAGAUAAUGUAGGUUUAUCGCAUAUUCUACAUGGAGAUUUUAGCAUAUUAUUUGCACCUGAUUUCCAGUGGAGCGAGCAUCCCACCAAGCGAGUGCAAACACGGCCACAAACACUUCCAUCUUUUUUAAUGUGGGGACAGCAUAAAUCAUCAUCUAUGGACGCGGAAAAAACAGUACUCAACAUUCUAACCGGCCGAUGGAUCGAUCCAAACAGAAAGCUAUUCCAGAAGUUGAUUCGUGAAGGCUAUAAAUAUGUUGAUAGACUCUCAGAUUAUUUAGAAGACAUUGGAAUCAUAUAUGUAGGUGAAUUUGAUUUUGAUCCCUUAGCCGACUUCUACUAUCCAGCUUUAAUUCCGCCUUUAUCUGUCUUAGCAAUUAGAGCAGAUAUUCGUGAAAAAUUUAUUAUUAGUGUGGAGUCUGCUAAUCUAAUCCAAAUGAACUAUUCCAUUGAUAACUUGACUACGUUAAUAGGAAUAACUUGGGAGCAAGAAGAGAUGAAAACUUGGAGGAACGGCGUGCUUAUGAAAUUCCUCCAUCAUUCAAAUUUAUCUCCUUCGAAGCAUAGACCGGGUGCAUUAUAUGAUGCAUUUACCAAGACUAGUGUUUUAGGGCCAGAACAUAUAUUGGCUCUAGCGCGAGCAUUUUGCUAAGGCGUGAUUAUGAUAUAAAUAAAUUGUUUAUAGUCCUGGAAUGGCAGUU